ACUCGGAGGCUUAUGGGAAUUGUAGUCCUGAGACUCGCGUCACUACUCCGAGGACUCUGGGUACCGCCGCUCGCUCUACAGUCUGCGCGCCUGCGCGAACACACCGGCGGUCGCCCUUCCCCCACCUGCCGUCGCGAGUGGGUAACAGGGCCCCCUUUCCACGCGCUUCGUGACCCGGAACCGCGGGUGGAGACUAAACCCCUCCAGUGGCCCUGAGUGACUGCUGGGAUGACCACUCCAGUGCUGCCUUGUUGGUUCGGGUACCAGCCAUCAUACCACUGCCAAUUACCAAAAAGGCUGAGCAGACUGAGAUGACCCUGUAUGGAGAGAAACGAGAUUCUGGAGUGACAGCUGUGGUUGCUGUCAUCGUGGUGUCUGCUGCUGCAGCCAUGGUCGCAGGACUGGCAAUGGCACAAACAUCGUUGGUGUCGGAUACCGUGGCUAAACUGGCGAGACAAAUCAACUCUCCAGACUCAGAAUGCCCUUAAUGUCCACAUUAAAUUUAAAUCAACAGACUGCCCUAUUGUAGGAGCAGGUGGAGUUAUGGCUUGUACAACAAAUGUCUUGCUCACACUUAUCAUUCCGUUUGUGUGACACUUGUUAAUAUUGCUAAUGCCUCUUAUGUAGUGAAACAGCUCAAUGGUUACUUGAAUAGCCCUUGGAAUGUUACAAUUAGCACACUAGAUUGUCGAUACCUGUGUGCCCCUGUUAACCAAAGGGUUGGUAGAAUACCAUAGUCCAAAUGGGAGGCUGGGUCCAGUGGUGAUUGGGGACCCUCUUGCUGGCAAUCUUAACACCUGUUGUCAUAGGCAUUCGUCUCUGAAUUCUGUGUAAGAUCAGUCAAUCCAUGAGAAUGCAGCAUAUGGUCACUUAGCAAGUCCUUCUGACCCUGUUGGCCGGUAAGGUUUGGUUGCAAAUACUGCACAAACAAUGAAGACUCCUCCAUAGACGGGCAACUUCUACAGAAGAGGGCCUGCCUAAGACAGGGAAGGAGCCUCCCAAAGACGGUUGUGCCUUUGUGCUUCAGUGCCUUUGCCAACCACAGAAAAUGAUGGGGUCCCAGGGAUCGGUUUCAUUCACUGAUGUAACUGUGGACUUCACCCAGGAGGAGUGGGAGCAGCUGGACCCCUCUCAGAGGAUUCUGUACAUGGAUGUGAUGCUGGAGAACUACAGCAACUUGCUGUCAGUGGAAGUGUGGAGGGCCGAUGACCAGGUGGAGAACCCCAGGGACCCAGAUGAACAGAUGAAGCCACUUAUAACCCUCAAGAACCAACCACCAAUUGAAGAAAGAGGAAGUCUUUUUGGAAAGACAUUAAAUCUGAACACAGACUUUGUUUCGUUAACGCAAGUUCCCUAUAAGUACGAGUUAUAUGAAAAGACUUUGAAAUGCGAUUCCGACUUACUCAGCAGCGGAAGCUGUGUGAGGAGGAGGGGCGAGGAGCGCAGUGGGUUUGGGAAGUCACUUCUGUACCUGAAGCAAGAAAGGCCCCGUGCCGGAGUGGAGUUCUCAGGAUACAGCGGGCACGGGAAGGCGCUCAGCCAUAAAGAAGUCGUCUUCAAGCAUCAGAAAAUGAAGAGCUUGGUUCAGCCUUUUGUCUGCAACUACUGCGACAAGGCCUUCUCCUUCAAGUCGCUCCUCAUUAGCCACAAGAGGAUUCACACGGGAGAAAAACCCUAUGAAUGUAGCGUGUGCAAGAAAACCUUCUCCCAUAAGGCAAACCUCAUCAAACAUCAGAGAAUUCAUACCGGAGAGAAACCCUUUGAGUGUCCUGAGUGCGGAAAAGCGUUUACCCAUCAGUCAAACCUUAUUGUGCACCAGAGAGCACAUAUGGAGAAGAAGCCGUAUGAGUGCAGCGAAUGUGGAAAGACAUUUGCUCAGAAGUUUGAACUCACCACACACCAGAGAAUUCACACAGGAGAGCGACCCUAUGAGUGCAACGAGUGUGCGAAAACCUUCUUUAAGAAAUCAAACCUCAUCAUACAUCAGAAGAUUCACACGGGGGAGAAACGCUAUGAGUGCAGCGAGUGCGGAAAGUCGUUUAUCCAGAACUCGCAGCUCAUCAUCCACAUGAGAACUCAUACCGGGGAGAAGCCCUACGAGUGUACUGAAUGCGGCAAAACCUUUAGCCAGAGGUCAACUCUUAGGCUGCAUUUGAGAAUCCACACGGGAGAAAAACCCUACGAAUGUACUGAAUGUGGGAAGGCCUUCAGCAGAAAGUCUCGACUCAGCGUCCAUCAGAGGGUCCACACAGGCUAGGUCCUGCGGCUACAGUCAGGUUAUACCGUGGACAGCCAUCAAACCUUCACCGGGGGAGAAACCUUGAUGAAGAAGAAUACUGAAGGAACUUGGGAAUUGUAUUGAGAUGCAAGCUAACUCAAAAAAAAUUUAAGAGGAAAGGAUACCAUAAGAAUAUUAUAUUGAAAAUUAGUAUCCAUAUGUAUGUAUUUCAUACAUGUAUCUCCAGAUCCAUUGUGAAGAUACACCCAGCUCUAUUCCUAUGAGCUUUCUCGAUUUCUGUGCUGCUGGGAAUCAGACCUAGGGUCUUGCCUGUGCUAGGCAAGUUUUUUUUUCACCACUGAUCUACAUCCUCAGUCCACAGUGAUCUUUUUAAAAUUUUGAAUGACUUGAAUAUUCUAGGAGGAAAAAUAAAGCUUAUAUAGAGAGUACCUUAGAAAUUUGUAUUUAAGGAUAUGCCACAAAACAAAUUGUUUUAAAUCUGUUUAAUAGCUGCUGGGGAUUUGAAAUUCUCCUCUAUGAAAUUGCAUCACAGUAAACAAGGUUUUCCAUACUCACCAUCACAUAUGCACCACAGAACCUUUCCAGCCACUGUGCAUCCAAAAGAAACAUGUGAUGGACCUUCAAGUAGCGUGUAGCCUGUUUCCUCUGCAGCCAGCUCAUACAAGUGGUUGUGGCCAUGGUUAAUGAGCUGCCUGGUCUUUAAAGAAAAAGCAGGAUUGUAGGUGUUUUAACUUGGGUCUGGGUUUGAAGAUGUUCCUAGAGCAUUAUUUAUAUAAAUAUGCAAAGGUGUGAAAUGAUUGAGAUCUAGAGAGUGGAAGAGGCAGGUGUGAACUGACUUGGUACCCACUACAGAAUAGAGUUGUGCUGGGCAGGCAAUGUCCUCAUCUGCCAUGCUCUUUUGUUCUUUCUCCCUGAGAUGUUUACAUACCAGUGCAUGUCUGGCUCCAAAAUACUGUGUACCCCAGAAAACUAUUUUUGUAUGUUUGUCUUCCUCUUCAUGCUUUAUGAAUUGUCCUACAAAAAUAAUGGGUAGGGUGCCUGUGUAGCUUACAAAUGUUACAUUUCAGAGACUUAAAAAAAAGAAUUGUCAAGA